GGAUGUAGUUCCGGGUCGAGGAGGAGGAGAGUGGAACUCUGGGAAAUGUAGUGUCAUAAAACCAAUGUUGUAUUUCUCCAUAGCAUUGCAUUGUAUUUCAUAAGCUGGUUCAACUGAGGUCAAAAUGUCUGGAACUCAGGAGAAACCUGGGUUUUCAUUAACCAAGGCGGUGGAGGAUGUCAGCCAGCAUGGCUAUGUUCAGACUGAGGCCCUGAAGGACAAACAGAAGACACUCGUCUCCCUGCAGGCAACUCUUUCAGAGGUUGAGAGGAAAAGUGAGACGGCAGAGCGGGAGCUGAGAUCUAAAGUGAGGGAGUUCCUGAUGCUGGAGGGCGAGAUGGAGCACCUGGAGCUUCAGAAGAAAGUCCUGCUCGAUCGCUGUGCAGCCAUCGGCGAGGAAAACGCAGAACUCCAGAUUUGUAUAACCGUGGAGGAGGAGAAGGCUCGAAUGGCACCGGCAAAGUUCAACACUUAUCGAAAGAAGAUGGAGGGUCACGGGGCAGCUGUUUUGCGUGCGGCGAGCCAGACGGAGGCCCAUAAAGAGCUGGAGGAGAAGAGGGCGCUGGUCAGGAUGCUGACACUGCAGAAAGAGGAGCUGAGGGAAGAUUUGGAGAAUCCAAACGGAAACACGGUGCAAAUGUCAAAGAGUGAAAACGAUGCCCUGAAGAGGGAAAUCUCUAUGACGAAGGAGACUGUAGCUAAGAAGAGAGAGCAAGUGCAAAAAGAGUUUGCCACUCAUGCUCAGAUAAAGAAAGACAUAGAGAUCCAGAACAGGCGAUACGAAGCCAUCGUCAAGCGCCUCCACUGCCAACUGAGCAGGGCCCAGGCUGUCCACAGGCAAAUGUCUGAAGACGUCUACCACAUGGAGAGACAGCUGGCCGAGCUCAAAGGGCAGCUGGAGUCAUCGGCGGUCAGUGGUCGUUAAACUGCAGAGUCGCACUUGGUUCAACUGGGUGAACGUGGUUAAUGAUACUGUUUAUU